AUGGAAAUAGUUUACCUUUCCGACAACUUGUUCAACGGCACUUUCAAACUGAAUAAGAUUCGAAGUCUUACAAUACUUUCAGAACUUAGUCUUUCUAACAACAACUUGUCAGUUGACACAACCAACAUGAGUUCAAGUUCGCAUGGAUAUCCCAAUUUAGAUACUUUACAUCUGUCAUCUUGCAAUUUGUACGAUUUCCCAGAUCUUAGGAAUGCAUCCAUUUUGCUAUAUUUGGACCUCUCAAACAAUCAUUUGCGAGGGGAUAUUCCUAGUUGGAUUUGGGAAACCGGAAAGCACUAUUUGGACUUUUCUUUUAAUCUUCUGACAGGUUUGAAAAAGCCUCCCAUCUCUCAAAAUUUCAGUAAUUCUGUUGUUUUGCUCACAAACAAUCGACUCACUGGAAUGAUUCCAUCUUCAAUCUGCAAUGCAUCUUCACUUCAAGCUCUCGACUUGUCUUUCAACAACUUGAGUGGUAGCCUACCUCCUUGCCUACUUAGCAACGUCUCUGUGAGUAAAGUGCUCAAUCUUAGGGGAAACAAAAUCGGUGGUGUUAUCCCGGAUCACUUCUCUAGUGACUGUGGCCUACAAACCUUUGAUGUUAGUAAUAACAACUUAGGUGGGAAGGUUCCAAAGUCUCUAAAAAAUUGUAACAACUUAGAGGUGUUGAAUGUUGGAAACAACAACCUCGAGGGUAGUUUCCCUUGCAUGUUGCCGUUGAAGUUGCACAUACUUGUUUUGCGCUCCAACAAAUUCCAUGGAGACUUGAGAUGUCGCAGAAGUUGGCCGGAUCUUCAAAUUCUGGAUAUAUCUUCAAAUGAUUUCAGUGGUCGUCUGAAUUUGCUAAACUUCUCAAGUUUGAGAGGAAUGAUGCUACAAAGUCCUACGCAUCUCAGGCUCAACCGCUCUGGCUCCAACUUUUUAGGUGUCGGUAGUUACUACCGCAAUGAGGUGAAUUUAACCGUCAAGGGGCUUGAGGUGAAGCUUGUGAAGAUUUGGCCUGACUUUACAUCCAUUGAUUUGUCUUCCAAUCAUUUUGAAGGAGAAAUACCAGACGCAAUUGGUAAUCUUAGCUCACUCUAUCUUCUCAACUUAUCACACAACUCUCUCACUCAUGCAAUCCCGAUAUCAUUGGGUGCCUUGACUGAGCUUGAGUCGCUCGACCUCUCAUCAAACAAGCUCACCGGGAGAAUACCAGAUGAGCUCACAAAACUCGAUUUCCUAUCAUUCUUGAAUCUGUCUUACAAUCAUCUUACUGGACUGAUCCCAACUGGCACUCAGUUUCAAACGUUUUCGGCAGAUUCAUUUGAAGGAAACACGGGGUUAUCUGGUUUCCCACUCAACGGAAGUUUCAACCAUCUUCCACCUGGUCCAUCGCCAUUAGAGGAUUCAGAACAAAAAGAUGAGGAGAUUGAGUGGGAAUAUGUGCUUGCUGCGUUUGGUUACGUUGUGGGAUUCGGAAGCAUUGCAUGGACAUUGUUAUGCCACAGAAGGUUGAGAGAAAGAUACUUUGAGAAGAUAGAAGAGGUUGCUGACAAGAUAUUCUAUGAGAUAGGAAGGAGAAGAAGACAUGAAAGAAGAGUAAGAAGAAGAAGAGAAGAGAAGAAGAGAAGAGAAGAGAGGAGGAGGAAUGGACUUAGGAGACAUCAUCAUCAGUGA